CACAUGCUCAGAGUAGACAAAUAUCCUUUGAUUGUUCCUGUCACAUUUAUUGCUGUAAUUGCUGCCAGAAGCGAAGAACUAUCAUGUCCUCAAUCACUGUUCUUCAGCCCAAUGGAGCUGAAGUCAGCCAUAAAACUUUGGUCGAGAAGGCACCGCCCCUGAUUGAGCUAGACACUUCUCAGGACGAUUGGGUAUACCCCUAUCCUACUGACUUCAAGAUUCAUGAGCAUCCUAUUGAUGAGAUUCGUGAGCUCAAGGUGGCCGUGAUUGGAGCUGGUCUCGCAGGUAUCAUCGCAGGCGCACUCUUACCAGCAAAGGUCCCGGGAAUCAACCUCACCAUACUGGAGAAGAAUGAGGAUUUGGGUGGCACAUGGUACGAGAACAUCUACCCAGGAGUUCGUUGCGAUAUACCUGCACACGUGUACCAAUCAACAUUCUCACCGAACCCCCACUGGAGCGAAGAAUAUGCACAAGGUGCUGAGAUCCGCAACUAUUGGCAGAAUGUGGCCAAGAAGCAUGAUGUUUACUCAAAAGUCCGACUGCAGACCAAAGUCUUGGGUGCCUACUGGGAGCCGGAGCGAUCGCAAUGGAGAGUCGAGACAAAAGAUCUCAAGGGCGGAGAAGAGACAAAGGAACAUUUCGACUUUUUGGUACCUGCGAUUGGCCACUUCAAUGAGUGGAAACUGCCAGACAUUCCCGGUAUCGAGAAGUUCCAAGGUCAUCUGAGACACUCGUCCAACUGGGAUCCUACCUUCGAUCCGGAGGGUAAGCGCAUAGCCACCAUCGGAAACGGAGCGUCUGGCAUACAGAUCACCCCCGAACUGCAAAAAGUCGCGAGUCACGUCGACCACUAUGCUAGAAGCCGAACUUGGAUCGCUGGUGCCUUCUCUCCCGAUGCCAAAGAUAGGCAAUCCACGCCCAUGUACAUCGCACAAGAACAGCUCGAAUCUUUCUCAGACCCCAAAGUAUAUCUCGAAUAUCGAAAGAAACUGGAAGGAUCUUUCUGGCGAAAUUUUGACGCACAGCUCAGAGAUUCAGAUCUCAGCAAGACUUCGGCACAAAAGUUCAGAGAGCUGAUGGGCAAGAGGUUGGCGGAUAAACCUGAAUUGCUGGACCAGAUCGUUCCUGACUUUCCUCCGCAUUGCCGACGCCUCACACCAGGUCCGGGAUACUUGGAAGCUCUGACCAAGGACAACCUCACAUUUAUCCAAACGCCUAUCUCAAAUUUCACAAAAGAUGGAAUUGUCACCUUGGACGGAGUGCACCGCCCUGUUGAUGCAAUCAUUUGCUCGACCGGUGCGAAUGUUGAUUUUGCUCCACCUUUCCCAAUCGUUGCUGGCGAAUAUGAUCUCUCCCGUGACUGGCGGCCAGAAGGGAAGUUUGGAUUUCCUUACACAUACAUGGGUGUAUCGACGCCAGGCCUCCCAAACUUGUUACAGUUGCAUGGUCCCCAAAGCUAUGGUUCCUCUGGCACAGUGCCACACUCUGUCGAGACACAAGCUACAUACAUUGCUAAAGUCCUGCGCAAAGUCAGCAGUCAAGGCAUCUCAAGCAUUGUACCUCGCAAGUCUGCAGCCGACGCCUUUGUCGAAUACUGUGAUGCCUUCUUCCCUCGAACGAAUCUUUCCAGAAAAUGCAGCAGUUGGGCGAAUGGUCGUCGUCCUGGUGGCCGAAUUCAUGGCUUGUGGCCUGGUAGUGCAGCUCAUUUGACCAACAUCAGAAGAGAACCACGUUGGGAAGACUAUGAAUACACAUAUGUUCACAACGACAACAUAUUUGCUUAUUGGGGCAAUGGCGUCACCAAGAAGGAGUUUGAUCCGGAGAGCGAUAUGACUUCUUAUCUGAGACUGCCUGAAGAGACGGAUCUGAGAGAUUUGCAUGAGCGCUGGUGGGACCUGUGAGCAACUAUCUUGUGGAAAGACGCAGUUGUUUGCUCUUUCACUGUACAGUCUUGUCUCGUUUAACAUUGAUGCUCAAGAGUUGGAGAGGAGUCGAGAUAGACAGAAAAACAC